GUUCGUCUGAUUUCGCUCCCAAACCCCUCGUGUUUGACAAAAAUCGAAAUGUCCACCUUAGGCAGUUGUGAGACCCCCGGUUGUGAAAACAGCGCGAAAUUGCAGUGCCCCACAUGUCUCAAGCUGGGCAUUCAGGGGUCGUUCUUCUGCUCGCAGGAGUGCUUCAAAUCCAACUGGAAGAACCACAAAAUCAUCCAUUCGUUAGCCAAGGGGGAGAACCCUGACGGCACGAAGGAAACCGCCUACAACCCCUGGCCGUACUACACCUUCACCGGCAAGCUGCGCCCCUUCCCGCAGAGCCCCAAGCGCGCGGUGCCCGCGUCCAUCGCCCGGCCCGACUACGCCGAGCACCCGGCGGGGCUGCCGUUGAGCGAGCAGGCCGUCAAGGGCUCCGGCCAGAUAAAAAUCCUCGACGAUGAGGAGGUCGAGGGAAUGCGCGUCGCGUGCAAGCUGGGCCGGGAGGUGCUGGACGAGGCGGCGCGGGUCUGUGACGUGGGGGUCACCACCGACGAGAUCGACCGCGUGGUGCACGAGGCGUGUCUCGAGCGCGAUUGCUAUCCCUCGCCGUUGAAUUACUACGAGUUUCCGGCCUCGUGCUGCACGAGCGUUAACGAGGUGAUUUGCCACGGGAUUCCCGACAUGAGGCCGCUCAAAGACGGCGAUUUGUGCAAUGUGGACAUCACGGUCUACCACAGGGGCUUCCAUGGGGAUUUGAACGAAACCUUCUUCGUGGGGAACGUCAGCGAGAAGCAUAAGAAUUUAGUCAAAGUCACACACGAGUGCCUUAUGAAAGCUAUCGCGAUUGUUAAGCCGGGGGAGAAGUACCGGGAGAUUGGGAAUGUUAUACAGAAACAUGCGCAGGCGCAUGGGUAUUCCGUGGUGCGGAGCUACUGCGGGCAUGGGAUUCACCGGCUGUUCCACACUGCGCCCAAUGUGCCCCAUUAUGCAAAAAACCGGGCCGUGGGGGUCAUGAAGCCGGGCCAUUGCUUCACCAUCGAGCCCAUGAUCUCCAUGGGCACGUGGCGGGACGAAAUGUGGCCCGACAAGUGGACUGCGGUCACAGCAGAUGGGCAAUGGUCGGCCCAAUUCGAGCACACGCUACUUGUCAAUGAAACAGGCUGUGAAAUACUCACGAGACGGCGGAAUUCCGACGGCUCGCCGCAUUUUAUGGACAAAAUGUAAAACGCAUACAUACGUAACUACAAUUUCUUGGAAAUAAAUAUUUAUGGCCGCU